AUGGCCGACCAGCCCACCGACGCCCGCGAGCGUCUCCGCCAAAACUUCCUCGACCAUGAUCCUAAGCAUCACCCCAACCGCUGGGAGCAUCUCUGGCAACAACAUGAUCUACCAUGGGAUAAGGGUUUUGCUUCGCCUGCCCUAGCAGAUGUUCUCGCUGACAGGAAGGACCUGCUUCCUACUGCACCCUCUGGCCGCCGACCCCGCGCUUUGGUGCCCGGUUGCGGUAAAGGAUAUGAUGUGCUCUUGCUUGCCAGCUGGGGAUUUGAUGCUGUUGGUGUCGAGGCUGCUGCAACUGCAGUCAAGGCUGCCAAUGCUGAGUCCAAAGGUUGGGAGGAGAAGCCUGAGUAUGCCGUCAAGGACGAGUCGAAGGGCCGCGGGACCGCCAAGUUCGUCUUUGGUGACUUCUUUGAGAAGGAUUGGGAGAAGAAUGCAAUUGGCGAGGAUGGCUUAAAGGACGGCCAGUGGGAUCUUAUCUAUGAUUAUACAUGGGCAGCUCGUCAGUCGUCGCUGCUGUCCCCAACUGGUCGUCUGAUCUGUCUCGAGUUCCCAACUUACAAGCCUCCCUCGACUGGUGGACCUCCAUGGGCUCUCCGACCUGAAACCUAUCUUGCUCAUCUGAGCCAGCCAGGCAAGGAAGUUGAGUAUGACAAGGAAGGCUUUGCUGUCUGGAAGGAAGGCGAGACUCCUGGAAAUGGUGCUCUGGAGAGGAUCGCGCACUGGAAGCCGGAAAGGACUCACAAGAUUGGCGAAGGUACUGACAAUGUCAGCGUCUGGAAGAGAAGAUGA